GACUGUUGAUGUGAAACAGAUAAUAAGAAUCUGUGAAAAUAUGUCCUUCCUAAUGGAUGUCAAGCUCAUAUGCAUGUUAUCCUGCAUAAUUUGUGUGGUUAACACAGAAUUAACUAAGGAACUAAAGAAACAGAUAGUGGAAGGCCUUGCCAAGGGAUCAGAUAUCGUCCAUGACCUUACCAAAUACCGAGAUGACCAAGUUUUCAAUACCAUUCAUAAGAUGUCCAACUUUUUGGGACAUGUUAAUGGAUUUGUGUCCUUCCUAAAAAAUUAUGAUCCAAAAACCGACAAGGAUGAUUUAACUAGAAUGAAGACAACUUUUGUAAGUGCCAGUGAGAAACUAAAAGAAAUAAGAGGACCAAGAAAGAUGGGACCAUUUCUUCGAAAAGUUUUCUUUGAAAUACGUACAACAGAAUUCAGCUUUAACUUAUUGAAUAAUUUUCUCAACAAGAUUGAACGCCUGUCCUGCACAAAUAAGACAGAUUGCUAUAACAAAUUACAAGAAACAGUUGACCUCUUUAAGUAUGAUUUAGAUGUAAAGGAACAUCUAGAUGCAUUAAUGGAAACCAGCCUAGCAAAAAGAUUCUACUCGAAAACUUCCAUCUCUACAGGAUUGGACCAAUCUGUUUGUGAGUUCAGUAAAAUAAUGGAUACCAUGAAAAAAAUCCUGAUAUCUGCAUUCAAAGCUGAACAAAUUAUCAUGUUCUAUGAGAAAAUUACCAAUGAGAAAUUUAAUUCUAUCCAAGAAAUAAAUCAUUGGAAUGCGCUUGUUUAUAAAUUACGGGAAAAGACCUAUGAUGUCAUUAGGGCCUGCCAUGAUGCAGAAUCAUGCAAGGAUGCUUGUGGGAGUGGAAAGUGUGUUGAAUGGCCAAAGAUAAACCUAAAGACAUGUUCUUGCCCAGCAUACACAGAAGGACAAAAGUGUCAGAUUCAGAACCAUAUAGAUACCAUAGAAAAAAUAUUUCAAACUGUUUCUGUUGCAUCAAGGAUUCCAAAACUUGCUGAUACUGUGUACAGUAUAACAAAUUUUGCCCUAUCACCGACAAAAUGCAUUCAUGAAACUUUUGAAAAUGUAAAUAAUUUUAUUGUCAAGACAACAAACAGAAACCAUAAAUCAGUUCUACAUCAAGAAGACCUUGGUAUCUACUAUUCAAGUUUUCUAAAACUUCAAUAUUACACUUAUAAAUUAAAAGGUUAUGCCCGUUGCAAUGGAUCAACACCUUUUGAUAAUAAAGCUAUUACUCAGAUAAAAAUGUUUGCACAAAAGUUUCCAGAGAUUCUUUAUAAUACACAUAAACUAAUAGCUGGAACUGAAGCUUCUUCAAUAGUUUUUCAAGAACCAAUUCUAGAAAAAUUUAUACUCAGAAACUUUGACAAAUAUCAGGGAUGCAGUAGUGCAUACAAAAAACUUGUGGAUUCAUUCUGGCAGGGAAUUCAAAUAAUGCAACUAAGAGGCUAUCUGUCAUGGCUACAAACUCUGAACUAUCUAUCAAAACCAACAAGUCAGGUUUUGAAGAUGUACAGUGAAAGAUUACAAUCACAACUGACUAUAAUGAACAAUAUAACAUGCUUCCCCGAGGUUAGUCUCACACCAAUCACCAAUUGCAAUGAUGGAUAUUACAUUACACAGAACAUACCACUAUCAGCUAUAUGUAAGUCUGGAUAUUACAGAGUUGGACUGCCAGAGUUUAACUGUCAACAGACAUUACCUAAGUGUACAUUUUGUAACUGCAAUAAAAUAGGAUCCACAUCUACUGCAUGCAAUAAUGAAUCUGGAAUAUGUAGCUGUAAAAAAGGAUAUUAUGGAACCAAAUGUGAUAGUAAAGAUUGUGUUUGGUCCAUCUGGAAUGGGUGGGCAACAUGUAACAAACCAUGUAACUAUGGCUCUCAAAAAAGGUUUAGAUCAAUUAUUGUUCAUCCAUUUGGAAAAGGACAAUGCCUUGGAAAUUCCUCUGAAAGUCGACGCUGCAUCUUUAAAUGUUGUGAGAAAUAUUAUUCUCCACACGGGAACGGAUGUUGCCGACGAGUGUAUUAUGGUUGGAGAUGUGAUUGA